AGCUGUCAAGUCGGGUCGCGGUAGCCGCCGCGGACCUUGGGACGGGCCAAUAGCCAGCGUGUGUGCAGACAGUGAGCAGGUGGGACACGACCGGAAAAGGGGGCCGGCGCGGACGGGUUUCUAUUUACGUUUUUCCUCCGAUUCAUUGUAGCGAAAUCGGCGCAACGGCGAAACACACAGCCGCCUCAUCGGUCGCACAGAAAACCCGCUCAAGGCAGCAGUAGCAGUAGGAGCCAGCAGUAGCACAACAACACCAGCGCCAAGCGACGGUACAAUAAUAAUUCCGGAAGAGCGACGGAAAGUGUUUAUGUAUGUGUGUGUGUGUGUGUGUGUGGAUGUGUACACGCGCUGAUUGACGUGUGUUGUUUACUGUUUACGGAACGGCCUAGUGGUGGCGACAGCGACGUCCUCCGACCGGGAUUGGCACACUGAGCGCGUCCGUGUCCGUGUUUUCCCUUUCCCCCAAGUGUUUCCCUCCUUCGAAGCUGGAACCGGAGCGUCGCAAAUUCGCAAACCCCGUUAGUCCGCCGUUCGGAUAUAGAGGGUGCUGGUAGAAGAAGGGGGCCACCUUGAACUACCCCGAGCACAUCCGGCGCAACGUCGCAGGGCUGCUGCUGCUGCUCCCCGCAACACACGAAAGGGAUUUGGGACUGUAAGUGUCUCCCUGUAUGUGUGUGUGUGUGUAUAUGGUCGUGUAAAUGUGUGUGUGUGUGUUUGCAACUCGGCCUCACUGAUAACGACGCAGCAAACGCGUGUCGCGCGCUCCUACAUUAGAGUGUGUCAAGUGGCCGGCGCUGAUAGGCCAGCAUCCAUCCGAAGUAGGUGCGCGGCAGCCAUCCCCACAACCUCACUACUUCACCACCGUGACGUGCGACGGUCCGUGUUUUUUUAUUGCUAAAUUGGCCAACCAGUUCCUCUAGGCUCUCUAACACCCCCCGCACCAUCACCCCUUGGCCCGGAUCCGGCGGCAACGGCACAAAAGGAUAAAAAAGCGAUCCACACACACACACGGACACGGGAACAGGUUUUGGGAGCAGCGAAUCUGACCCCACAAUUGGCGCAGUUGCUUGCUUGCCGUCCAGGCUCGAUGCGCAGCGAACCGUCCGGCCACGGGAAAGCAGUGUGCCCCGAUCGCACCUGACGAUGCUGUGAAGCUGUUCCGGUCUGCUACACGUACUGCGGCCCCCGGGGGUGGGGACACCUUGAGCGGAGUGCUUGAGUGCUUUGGGCUUGCGAAUUUACAUAACAGUGCAUGCGUGCCACCACGCUCAGCGGCGAAUUGCUUCCCGUCCGUCCGCACACUGGCAGUAACGGCAUCUGGACAGCAACGGAUGCGGUGCGAGAAAUGUCUACGAACAAUCGACAAGCGUCGGAACCGGUGCCGCCGGUUCGGCCCACCAACCUUAACAACCGGGACGUCGUGGUGACCAGCCUGAUUGCCGGCGCGACGGCCGGUGCGUUGGCCAAAACCACCAUCGCUCCGCUCGACCGAACAAAGAUCAACUUUCAAAUCAACAAGGACGUCCCGUACACGUUCCGGGCAGCGCUCGGGUUCCUGCGAAACACGUACGUUCGCGAAGGAUUCCUGGCCCUGUGGCGGGGCAAUUCGGCCACGAUGGCGCGCAUCAUCCCAUACUCGGCUAUCCAGUUUACAGCCCACGAGCAAUGGAAGAAGAUACUGCAGGUCGAUCUGCACGCGGACACGGAAGUACGCCGCUUCCUCGCAGGGUCGCUGGCCGGCAUCACGUCCCAGUCGCUGACGUACCCGCUCGAUCUGGCCCGGGCCCGCAUGGCGGUGACGGACAAGUACUCCGGCUACAAGACGCUGCGCGAAGUGUUCGUGAAAAUUUGGCAGUGCGAAGGGCCGCGCACACUGUACCGCGGCUACUGGGCGACCAUACUGGGCGUAAUACCGUACGCCGGCACAUCGUUCUUCACCUACGACACGCUGAAAAAUGAGUACUACAAAAGGACGGGAGACAAAUCUCCCAACACUGUGAUAUCGCUCACGUUCGGUGCGGUAGCGGGCGUGAUCGGCCAGUCAUCCAGCUACCCGCUGGACAUUGUGCGGCGACGAAUGCAAACCACCGGUGUAACGGCUCAAUGCGCCGACCAGUACCUUACCAUUGGCCGGACGUUGAUAAAAAUAUACAGGCAUGAAGGGCUCGUCAAGGGCUUCUACAAGGGUCUGAGCAUGAACUGGAUCAAGGGCCCGAUCGCUGUCGGCAUCAGCUUCGCGACGUACGACCACAUCAAGCAUCUGCUCCGCGACAUCAUACACAUCCGGAGCGGGGACGGCCAGGCACGGUAAUAGUCUGUGGCCGGCACGCUGAGCGGGUGGGGCUGCUGCAGGCGAAAACUGUCCCUUCGAAUUCGUUUUCGAAUAUCCUUAAGCUAGGCAGAGAUUACCGCAGGCAAGCGGAAAGGGAGAGAGAGAGAGAGCACCCGCCCCUUUUAAAAAGGACAACACGACAAUAAGAAGAAAAUUCCCCCGCCGUAUCACCCCGCCAGUAAGCCCCACAUCCCUCGCAUCCUUUUCUCCCGACAGCACAGGCUGUGUGUGUUUGUGUGUGAGUGUGUACAUGAAAGCGUGCGAGUGUGUGUGCGUGUGUGUGCGUAUUGUACGAAUCGUCAAUCGGAUAAGUGCCAUUAGCUGGUUUUACCUAUCGCUUUUUUCCUGUUUUUUUUUUAAACGAAGCGAAGGUACAACGGGCUGUCGUCAUUGUUUUUUUUUACAUUUUUUGUUCCCAGGCCAGCACAUUACGAAACCAUUGCACAAAAGAGUAACAUGUACUAUUUUAGGUGUAAACGAAUCUAUAUACGUUAUUUAGUCACUUGCCCACGUUUGAGGAGAUGGGGAGGGUGGGAGGGGCGCAAAUCCAAUAGAGUGGGCUACAGAAACAAACUAAAACGAAGAGGCAGAAUCGGCGUUUUAGUGCCGUACCACGGUCAGACCUGUGCUACGCCAGAAAUGGGCACCGAGCGGGCGGGUUGUGUUUAGGCGCGGUGUCUCUUUCAAAAAGAUGAUGCGAGAAAUAAAGCUAACCAGAGUCAAUAUGCCUUUAGUGCCGGGCGCGGGCCUUUGC